UCUUUGAUGAUGACUCUGAACACCAGCCCAGAAGAGCAGGUCUCCGAGCAGAUAAGGGCGGCAGUGAAAGCCGUGCUGGUCCUGUUGCCGAUCCUGGGCCUGACGUGGCUCUGUGGCGUCCUGGUGCCGUUCUCCGUGGUUAUCGCGUACAUCUUCAGCCUCCUGAACUCGCUGCAGGGCCUCUUCAUCUUCCUGAUAUAUGGAGUGUACAACACUGAGGUUCGAAACACAGUCAACAGAAUCAAAGAAAGAAGAAAAGCCUUAAAUUUCUCCAACUGUGCCAGUUCCAGGCCCUCCAGUUCAGUGGGCAGUUCUCGGCCGGGCAGCUCUCCAGUACCAGGUGUUUUGGAUGGGCAAACAGUCACCUACUCCAGCAGCUCAUCGACCCACAGCGACAACAUCUCCCAGAGUUACAACAAAACAAGGCAUCUGUCCCUCCCCUGUGUCCACAACAACUUAAAUGAAGACCUGCGAUGUCCUGACACUGGUGUCCACCUCUCUGGACAGGAGAACCUGAGAAAACCUAAAGACAGACUUCCAAACGAAUGCAGUCUGAACGUACCCAUGGAGGCCGAACUGACAUCCCAAUAUUCACCUCCUCAGCAGAACAGCGACAUGUGUCUUCAUUGAAACAAUUCUUCACGUCUUGUGGUUUGGUAAAGUGCAGAUAGUGUGUAAA